AUGUCAAGGAUGAUCACCAGGAAUGGUGGAGCCCGUCAGACUGAUGGAUCCUCUGGUGUGGCAGUGGACAAGCUUAAGGACUCUGUGUUGCCUGCUGAUGCCUCGGCAUCAUCGGCGGUUAAGCGCACUUUGGACCUGUUCUCGGAAGCAGACAAAGAAGCUCUUCAGCCUGUUGCUCACGGUGUGAAAGAUGCGGUUCGGGAGCUUCUGGCUACCGGUUCCGGGGACAACCUGCAGCAAGCAGGAGAUGAAGCCAAGACCAAGUCUAUCAGCAAGGAAGCUACUGAGUCUCUGCGCUCAGGCAAGGAGGAUGCUAGCACCAGGUCGGUAAAGCAAGAUGAGGAGGAGGAAGACGACGGCUACCUCAGCGAUGAUCCGGAGGAGCGGUAUGAUGCGCAUGCGAAUAGUGAAGUCGCGCAGCGGAUCCGCUUUGCUAUUGUGCUGCUGAUCCCGAUUGCGUUCAAGUCGGAGGCAACGCGGGUGCAGGCGACGCUACGCGCUCUCUUCAAUCUCUGGAAGAAGGACCUGAACAUGGAGAUCCAGGCAACAACAAAGUUUCAGGAGCUGUCGGCUUUAUCACCGGCUGCAGAUCAUAACUUCUGGACGGAGCUACGACCUCACAGUGUGGCUGCAGCUACGGCCCCGACGAGAGCAGGAGGGGUGGCUAUUCUUUGUUUCCGAGAGGGCGUGGAGUUGGAGGAUGUUCAGUGUCAUCCGUCCGGCAGGCUUCUCCAUGCGCGGCUGUGCUGGGGGGCCCGGCAGAUGCGGGUGCUUGCGGCAUACUUCCCCUCGCAGGCUCCGUCGCGGGGUAGUUUUCUCGGUUUAGACUUUAAGGAGUUCGCUGCUGGCCUGCCAAGAGGGGAGCAGUUGGUAGUAGCUGGGGAUUUAAACAUGAUAGAAGACUCGAUUUUGGACAAGUCCAACAGGCAGGGUGUAACGGGUGAUAACAGCAGGAUAAAGCACAUGCUCUCUAACUUCCAGGUUAAGGAUGUUUUCAAGGAGUUAUGGCCGGGCAAAAGGGUGUCUCACCAGCGGAUACCGGAUGGGAUCACAGACCACAAGUGUGGGGUUCGGAUGAGGCUGGUGUGGAACGGUCAACAGGAAACCGGCCCUGGGGUGUGGAGGUUUCCGGCGAGGCUGGCCAACCGCCCAGGGGUGUCGUCGGCGAUUGCGGACGUGGUGCGUCGUCAUGAAGAAGGCGGGAGCGGGGACUUCGACCGAUUGUCAAAGGGCCUGUCAGCGCGCCUGCGGAAGUACGAUAAGGAGGAGAAGGAGAGGGUCAGAAGCACACGGAGAACGCUGGAGAAGCAAGUGAGUGACCUGCAGCAGAGGGUGAUGGCGGACCCAAGUGAUGAUAAUCUGCAGGCGGUACUUACGAGUAGGCAGGCGCUGUUGUGCAGAUAUUGGGAUGGCCAGAGGAGUUUUCUGGAGAUGAGGACAGGACUCAAGGUGCAGCUAUGUGGGGAAGGACCAACCGGUUUCCUGUCUGCACUCGUUAAGAGCAGGAAAGCCAAAGUGGGGAUUAAGGAGCUGGUGUGGAAUGGUGUCAGUCACACGGACGCAAAGGCCAUCUUGGAAUCGGCGACACAGCAUUUCAGGGAGGUCUUUGAUGAGUCACCUGGUAUGGACGAUGAAGGGGCUGAUCUGCAGUGGACGCCCAGGGCGGUUCUGGAUGAGGCGUCUGCAGAGGCAAUAGCACGGGAUUGGACGGAGGAAGGUGUAAGGAAAGCAAUUAGGGAGCUGGCGAAUGAUAAAUCACCAGGGAGGGAUGGUUUACCGAAGGAGCUGUUCCGGUGUCAUUGGGAGGUGUUGAAGGGGCCGUUGAUGAAGAUGGUACGGGGGUUCGUGGCUACCGGGAAGAUGCUUGAGGCGGCGAAUGAGGCGGUCACCGUACUCCUGUACAAGAAAGGGGCAGAAACUGGCGCCAGGAACUACAGGCCAAUUACGCUGCUGACGAGCAUCUACAAGAUUCUGGCGAAGGUUAUGGCGACUAGAAUGAAGGCGGUAUUGCAUCAAGUAAUCUCGGGGGAACAAUAUGGUUUCUUACCAGGGAAGCGGCUCACUGAUGCGGUGCCAAUGGUGGCGGACCUGAUCGAUGCAGCGAAGAAUAAGAACAAGGAGUGGUACAUCAUGAUGGUCGAUUUCGAAAAAGCGUACGACUCCGUGCGCAGGGGGUACAUGCUGAGGGCGAUAUCACGCAUGGGUUUUCCGCCACGCUUCGUGAGCUGGAUUGGGGCCCUGCACAGUGACGUACAUACAAGGCUCUGCAUCAAUGGAUGGACAGGGGAGCAGAUCCAGAUGCAGAAAGGGGUGAGGCAAGGGUAUCCGCUGGCUCCUUACCUCUUUCUGUGUGCGGUCGAGCCUCUGAGCAGGAUGGCGGAAGCAAGAAAGUUGGGCAUCGGGGAGAAAGGUUGCGAGAGGUUGUCGUACAUAGGGUACGCGGAUGACACCACCCUGUUGUUGAAUGGUGAGCAGCAGCUGAAGGAGGUUGAAAAGAUGCCGAAGGAGUUCGCAGCGAUGUCAGGACUGAAGGCCAACGUUGGGAAGUCCGCGAUCCUGCCACUGGGGAAGAACGUGAAUAAGCAGGCAGAGGCGGGGACAGCUUAUAAAUGGGUUGGCAAAGACGAAGCAGAGAGAUUGCUCGGCGUGUGGGUGACCCCCGGGGAGGGAGCGGGGACCACUUGGGAGAAGGCCUUCGACAGAGUGGCGAGUGUGCUGAGCAAAUGGCAGACGAAAUAUCUCACGACAGGGGCGAGGGUGACCAUCAUCAACAGCUACGUGUUGCCGGUGCUCCUCUUCCAAGCACAAGUGUACCCGCCCGAUGACCUGUUGUGGAAAAGGGUAGAUACCCUCGUGGAAAAUUCCAUUUCAGCUAAUCACGCUGAUACGGAGAAGCAUUUCCGACUCUGGAGUGGGGAGUUGAUGUAUGCGCCAAGGGAGCAAGGUGGUCUGGGUAUUAUAGACCCGAAAGGGAGGAUCGACAGUGUGGCCCUGAGGUGCGUGGGGCUGGCGCUGAUGCAGAGGUGCCCACUCAGGCGCACGGUCACCGAGAACGCGGCAGGAAUGGAGUUUGGUUGGGCAACGCUGUGCACGCAUAAGGCAGUGCUCAAAGGGGGGCUGAUUAAGAGCAGACGAUGGGCAAAGCUGUGCAAGGUGGUGCUGAAGUCGUCGUCAGUACGGGUACCGGAGGCUACGUUGAGGUGGGAAGCUGAGGAGGGGUACCUGUGCUACAACACAAAAAUUACACACAAAGGGAAAGCGCCUUUUGGCGGUCAGAAACACACGUCGAAGUGGCAGUUGUGGAAGAUGCGGAAUAUGGUGGUGCGGAAGUGGGACGGUUAG